AUGGUGUUCCCCAAGCUGGAGCCAUUUUACAUCGUCCACGAUAACAGCCACAGUCACACGAUACUCAGGUUGACUAUUUCUAUGGGGGAGGAUAGUGUUAGUGUUGUGCAUGUGUGUGAUGGUGGCAAUAAAAAGGCCCGACAAACCCAUUGCUGCGUGAAGGCCGAUUCAGACUAUACGGUUCGUCUCCAUGAAGACGAGGAGGAUAGAGUUAAAGCUAAGAAGAAGAGAUUAUGGGUACACGAGUGCCAAAGGAAAAGGAAGUCAGAGGGUGAAUUUUGGACUCUGUACAAAGAAUUAGACGACGAUGAAACGAAGUUUUAUCAGUAUUUCAGAAUGACUAAAUCCAAGUUCAACUAUUUGCUUCAGAAAGUUAACGAGGAUUUGAUCAAGAGCAACACCUGCCUUCGGGAGGCUAUUUCACCGAGGGAGAGCUGUGAACAAAAUAGUAACAAAACUUACUUUACAUCAUGUAAUACUGGGCAUCUGAGCUACAAGCUGAUGUGUUUCCUGGUGACUGAACUGGGACUUGAACCACUGUCUCAGUUCCUGUGUUUAAUGGCACUUGGGUACGCUGACUGCUUCCUGGCCGCUCUUUGUAGUGCAUCUUUUCAAAUAUCUCCUAUACUGGUCUCUAAGUUCCUGGCGACCGGCGAUAGCUUUAGAACCAUAGCGUUUAGCUAUCGUCUUGGUCACUCUACUGUUCACAGCACUGUUCAGGAGGUCUGUGCAUCUAUUAUCAAGAGGCUAAAAGCUGAGGUUAUGCCCAAGCCUACAGAGGAGACAUGGAAGAACAUUGCUGCAGAGUUCUGGAAUUUAUGGCAAUUUCCAAAUUGUGUUGGUGCCAUAGAUGGAAAACAUGUAAAGCUUCAGGCACCACCAAACAGUGGUUCACUGUUUUAUAACUACAAGCAUACUUUUUCUGUUGUUUUGCUUGCACUCGUGGAUGCCAAUUACAAAUUUGUAGUGGUUGAUAUAGGGUCAUACGGAAAGAACAGUGAUGGAGGCAUCUUCUCUCAUUCAAAGUUCGGUGAACUGUUAGAAAAAGGCGCUCUCAACAUACCCCCUCCUGCACAGCUACCUGACUCAUCUUGCAUGACACCUUACGUCAUUGUUGGAGAUGAAGCUUUCCCCUUGAAAACUUACCUCUUGAGACCUUAUCCCGGCUCACAAGCCAGUGAUGAUGAUCAGAAAAGGCUCUUUAAUUUUAGGCUCUCACGUGCAAGAAGGGUUGUUGAGAACGCGUUUGGGAUACUGAGCCAGAGGUUUAGAAUAUACCAAAGGACACUAAAUUUGUUACCUGAUAAUGCAGAUAAUGUAAUAUUUGCAACUUGCAUUUUGCACAACUACUUGCGUGACAAUGCUACUAAUGUCACAAACAUGAAUGUCACUAAUAAUGGAAGCUCUUUAGAGGAAAUAGCUAGACAGGGAGGAAAUGCUCCACAAGGUGCAUUCCUUGUACGAGAGAAAUUUAGGGAAUUCUUGAACAGUCCUGCUGGUUCUCUCCCAUGGGCUUAAGCAUGAUUGAUAGAUGAAGGUAGCAAUUGCAGAAUGUAGAAAUG